AUGGCUGCUCGCGGACCGAAGAAGCACCUCAAGCGCCUGAAUGCGCCGACCCACUGGAUGCUUGACAAGCUCACCGGUGUCUGGGCGCCGCGCCCGUCGACUGGCCCGCACAAGCUCCGCGAGUGCCUGCCGCUCGUUGUGCUCCUCCGCAACCGGCUCAAGUACGCCCUCACCCGGCGUGAGGUCAUCCUCAUUGUCAUGCAGCGCCUCGUCAAGGUUGACGGCAAGGUCCGCACUGACGCCACCUACCCGGCUGGCCUCAUGGACGUCGUGACUAUCGAGAAGUCCGGCGAGAACUUCCGCCUCGUCUACGACGAGAAGGGUCGCUUCCAGGCUGUCAAGAUCGGCGCCAAGGCUGCCUCGUUCAAGCUCGGCAAGGUCGUCCGCCAGCAGCUCGGCCCGCGCGGUAUCCCGUACAUCGUCACGCACGAUGGCCGCACCAUCCGCUACCCGGACCCCGACAUUCGCGUCAACGACACCGUCAAGAUUGACAUCGCCACUGGCAAGGUCACCAAGUUCAUCAAGUUUGCCGUCGGCAACAUCUGCAUGGUCACCUCGGGCCGUAACAUUGGCCGUGUUGGUGUCCUCCACGACAAGGAGCACCAUGCUGGUGGCUUCGACAUCGUCCACAUCCGUGACGACGCCGGCCGCGAGUUCGCUACCCGCCUCAACAACGUCUUCAUCCUUGGUGACGACAAGCCGUGGAUCAAGCUCCCGAACAACAAGGGCAUCAAGGCCGACAUCUUCGAGGACCGCGAGCGCCGCAUGAACAACCAGACUACCCAGUCGCUUUAA